UUUUUCAGAAUGAAACUUCCAUUGACUCAGAUUUUGAUUCUUGUCUUCUUGGUAUUGCUGUCCUUUCCAACAGCUGAAGGGUUGAUAUGUCAUCAAUGUUCCUCAGUUAGAAAGGACAAUAAAUGUCGCAGACCAUCCACCUGCAAAGUGUCUACAAAACAGUUUUGUUUCAUUCAAAGAAACUCCAAAGGAGGAUACAUUAAGAGAAUAAGACAAGGUUGCACCUCUUACUGUGUAGAUACUAUUCAGUUCAGCAACGCCUAUAUAAAAUAUACCUUUUGCUGCAAGACAGAUUACUGUAACAAAUAUAAUGUUUGGCAGUUUCUUUAACUUCAGUCUUGGCAGGAAUUCUACUGCUAACAACUGAAAUGUAUCUUCCAAACACUUAUACAAAUAUGGGAUAAUGUGACUUGGUGGUAGGUGGAGAUUUCCUAUUUCUUUAUAUGAGCUAAAGAAGACCCUUUGGGAUGCAGCUUUACAGUAUAUAACUCCCAUAAGCUUUUGUGCUUUACGGUUUUGUACAAUGGUCUACAAAUAGUCCUUGUUUAAUGAUCACAAUUGGAACAGGCUAGUUGGUUAUUGAAUAAAGCAGUUGCUAAAUGAAACUGUAAUUGUUUUUACAAUUUGACUUCAGUU